CCUCGAUCCAUCGCGCGGGCGAUCCGGUGUGCGGCAUGUGAAUGAAGGGCGGAUUCCAGCGAUUGUGGCAGUGGAUGCGACGAGAAUCCGGGCGAAGGACUCCGUCUUCCUCGUCCGCUCUUGGGCGGUUUGAUUUCUAGCUCGAUUGAUUGCAGCAUGGAUCAAAGAACGCAGCCGGAUGAAAGUAGCGAGUAUGUGAUAUUUCGAUCCAGGGAGUGUGGCCUGGGUGAGCUCGUGGCGUCUUUUGUGACGUGGAGUGGGCAUGCACCAGGGAUGGAGUGCUCGCCAUCGCUCCAGGGGAUGGUGGACCAGAGCUGGCAAGCGAGGUUCGCCAUGCUCAUCCUCAAGCUCCUCCAUCUCGUCUCCAAAGUGCUCGCGGCCAUUGGCGAAUUCCUCGAGAUCUUCCUCAACACUGUCUAUGCCAAUGGCGGACUUUCCAACCUCGUCCAAAAGCUUCUCACUGGAAGAGGAAUCAUCAUCCCCGACGAGGAUUCCGACUCCUACUGGAGUGUGAUUGGGUUUUUAGAUCCACGCACGGACUUGCUGGUCCAUCAACUUGAAGAUCAAGUAGCCAGCCACUUUGUGUCAGAUCCUCCGGGGUCGAAACUCAUGGCAGAUGUUUGCAUGAUGGCGUCCAAGCUUGCAUACGAAAACUCCAAAAUCAUCCGGAAGAUCAUCACGAACGAGUGGAAAAUGCAUGUCGUGGAUAUAUACGAGUGCAUCAACAAGAACGAACCUACGAAUCCAACUCAAGUUCUCAUUUUCAUGGACCGAGCAGUCGAUGCACAAGCUGUCUUCGUUGUCUUCCGCGGAACAAUGCCGUUCAACGCCUCCGACUGGAGCACAGACUUUGAUUUCUCGUGGUACCUUCUCCCCGGCAUUGGCCGUGUUCACGUCGGCUUUCUGGAAGCUCUCAGCCUGGUGGAUCGCCACGACAUGGAUUCAUUCACUCGCAUGAAGGACAACGUCGCCAAAACCAGAGCCUCCGGCAACGCCACCAGCAGCAGCAAGCACACUCCAGCUUCGGGGCUCAUCGAAGCUGUUACACUGGGGGAUCAGGAUCAGGAUCACGGUCAAGACAAGGGGAAGCCUCUCUUCGCCUACGACACCGCCUGCGACGAGCUCAAGGUCCUCCUCAGAGCUCACAGGAAUGCCAAAGUCUACGUAACUGGACAUAGCUUGGGAGGUGCUCUGGCGACCGUCUUUACCACCAUACUCUUCCACAACAAGGAAAACACCAUCACAGGCAAGCUGGGUGCUCUCUACACGUUUGGACAGCCUCGAGUAGGGGACAAGGAAUUCGCAGCUACCAUGACAAGCAAGCUCAACGGAGCAGACAAUCGCUUCUUCCGCGUUGUCUACAGCGCUGAUCUUAUCCCACGCGUUCCUUUCGACGACUUUCUCUUCCAGUUCAAGCACAUCGAGCCGUGCUUCUUCUACACCAGCUUCUACACCAAAAUGAUUGUGAAGGAGGAGCCCAACAAAAACUACUUCAAUCCAUUCUACUACAUCUUCAACCAUGCCGUGGCAGUGUGGGAGCUUCUCCAGAGCUUUGUUCUCCACUUCCGGUAUGGUGACAACUAUCGGGAGUCCAGCUCGUCGACGGUGCUGCGGCUCGUUGGUCUGUUCUUCCCCGGCGUUUCUGCUCACAGUCCAGUGAACUACGUCAAUUCCGUGAGGCUCGGACCAGCAAUGCUCGACACGAAAUAGCUUGGCAGGAAUGCCAAAAGGUGUUCGAAUAAAAUGGAAAUGGAUCCACAGCGAAGGCAAGGCGUAAGCAAAGCAUUUGUUUGAGACAUCGACAGUGGAAAAUCCAAUGAGAUGAAGACAAGCCCAACGCUUUUCCAGAUUUUUAAGAACCAACGCAGGCAAGCAUCAUCGUCCAGCUUCUUUCUCGUGUUCCUUCGUUCGUGCUCGUCUCUUACAUCGUGAAGUGAAUCGCGCAUUCAUCGAUUAGGAGGUUACCACCACCACAAUCAAAGCACAGUAGAGUGUGUCCCUGUGCUAGCUAGCUGUUCUUGGUUAUCACAAAAGAAGCUCUUCAUUAA